GAUAUCGAGUCGUUCAAACCUCUGCACGAUAAUUCACAGAGGGGUUUGUCAUCCUGUAAGGUUCGUCAGGCAAAGCUCGGCCUCCGUCAACGCAGAGGUAUCAACAGACCGAGGACGUGGGCAAGAUGGAACUGCAAUAACUAGGUCAUCAACUUCAGAGGAGCACGUUGAUUUCGUAAUGACAAGCUUCUGUGCAGAAGAUGUCCACAUUGCCUGUGACUGAUAUCCCAGAUGUUGGUCAUGAUGAGAGUAAGGUGUUCAACGGGGCCUCUGAGCUGCAGCUGGACCGCAUGGUUCAGGAGAGCAGUGGAGGCACCACAAUGAAGCCUGAUGGCCUGCUGUCACUGACCGACCUCUCCCAGCCAGAUGACUUCCCCGUCCCCCCACAUACUGAGAUGGGCAGCCCUCUGCCGGUGGAGCCGAACGGCAUCAAGCAGGAUCCAACAGCAGCUGAUGCAUCAAGCAGUAUAGAUGGUCAGCCAUUGAAGAGGAAAAAGGGGCCCGCCCCAAAGAUGAUGGGCAACGAGGUGUGUAGCGUGUGCGGUGACAAGGCCUCGGGUUUCCACUACAACGUGUUGAGUUGUGAAGGCUGCAAGGGCUUCUUUCGACGCAGCAUCAUUAAAAGUGCACAGUACUCGUGCAAGAACAAUGGUCGCUGUGAAAUGGACAUGUACAUGCGCCGCAAGUGCCAGCAGUGCCGCCUGCGCAAGUGUCGGGAGGCAGGCAUGCUGGGGCAGUGUGUGCUUUCCGAGGAACAAAUCCGACUAAAAAAGUUCAAAAAGCAGCAGGAAGAGGAAACGGCCCACACAUCUACAGUAGUCACGCCCACCCCUCCACAAGAAGUGGCCACGCUUGAGCCACACCAGCAGGAGAUGAUUGAGAAGCUGGUAGCCAUGCAGAAGCAGUGCAACAAGAGGUCUUUCCUUGAUCGACCAAAAGUGACGCCGUGGCCACAGAAUCAGGACCCGCAGAAUCGAGAAGUGCGUCAGCAACGUUUCGCUCACUUCACAGAGCUCGCAAUCAUGUCCGUUCAGGAGAUUGUGGAUUUUGCCAAGCAGCUACCUGGUUUCCUAGAACUAACACGAGAAGACCAGAUUGCCCUGCUGAAAACGUCUACCAUUGAGAUUAUGCUACUUGAGACCUCGCGGAGGUACAAUCCCACCAUCGACAGCAUUACAUUUCUGAAGGAUUUUAGCUAUAAUAAGGAGGACUUUGCCAAAGCAGGCCUUCAGUUCGAGUUCAUUAACCCCAUCUUUGAGUUUUCAAAAGGAAUGAAUGACCUGCACCUUGAUGAGGCCGAGUACGCUCUGCUCAUUGCUAUCAACAUCUUUUCUGCAGAUCGGCCAAAUGUGCAAGACCACGAUCUGGUUGAGAGGCUGCAACAACCGUAUGUGGAUGCUCUGCGCGCUUACAUCAUGAUAAAGAGACCAAAUGAUCAUCUGAUGUUUCCUCGUAUGCUGAUGAAACUGGUGAGCCUUCGCACAUUGAGUAGUGUCCACUCGGAGCAGGUUUUUGCCCUUCGUCUCCAGGACAAGAAGCUUCCGCCGCUGCUGUCUGAAAUCUGGGACGUCAACGAGUGACUGCAAUCCUGAUGUCGUACUCUGUGGCUUCAUGAACCUUGAAAGAGACGCAGCUACUCGCAGGAUCACUGACCUUCUGAUCCGGUCAGGGCUCGGUUCCUGCCUUGAGCUUUUGUUUUUCCCUUUAGGAGCAGAGAGCGUCACUGCUCCUUUGCUCUCGAACAGACUGUUGAAGGGUUUUGUGAUCAUUAGAUGAAACAUGAACACAAUACUUCCUUUAAACUGUUUCUUCAAGUCUAGAUGCUCACGAUUGUGGUUCACUUCCAGCUUUGGGCUUCUCAGCCAGUUGUCUUUGAUUUUAUAUUAGUUAUGAGGUAUGCCAGUUUUCAGUGUGGUUCCUUACUCUACUAAUACAAAGCAGAAGGCACUCAGCAAAUCUGGCUGGUAAUAAUAUAAAACCAGAAUAACUCAUCUUUUUGUAAAAUGAUUUCUGCAGGUGUGCAAAGGAUUGACAUUUAUUCUCUUCUGGGCAUAGGCAGGUAGCAUACCUGCCAUUAACUUGUUCAUUAUCAGUGUUUCCCCUAGGUCAGGGGUCUGCAACCUACGGCUCUGGAGCCGCACGUGGCUCUUUCAAGCUUCGACCAUAACCAGCAUAAAACUGAAUUUUAUUGGUUGUUAUGACGACUAAAAAAGCUAGUUUUAGCAGUUUACAGGAAACUGUAAACGGUCAAAAUAAGCAAAUAUGUGAAUAUUAGAAACAUUACAAGGAGUAAAAUAUAUUCACGUUCACUUUACGCUUUAUUUCUUCAAUGUAAGAUAAUUUUUCUACAAUUAAAAAAAAUCACUUAGGCCUGCAUAGUUUGCUUUAGUUUUUAGAAAUUGAGCAAAAACUACAUUAUUUUUUCCUUCUUUACAAGAAUCUCAUCUUUUAUUUUGUCUUAAAAUGUAAAACCACAGAGUGCACAACUUCUAAACCAACUCCUAGGCCCACAGUUAAAGCAACACCACGGGGUGUUAAGUAUCAGAAGAAAGUAUAGAAGCUUUACUUACUAAAAUAGAAGCAAAUACACACAUUUAAUAACUAUCGUAAAUCCUACGGUGUCCAUAAAUGUUAAAAAAUCAUUAGAUAUUUAUUAGUUUUUAAUAAUGC